AUGGGCAUCGGAAAAGAACGCUUUGCUGUCAAUUUUGCUAAACCAGGGCAGUCUAACCUGAUCCCCGAGGGCCUUCCCUAUUUCUGGUACCGAAUCCAGAGGACCGUUUGGGGAACCCUGCAUCCCUUCAACCAACGCCCGAUGCUCAGGUUUGAGAGCUACCAGGGCCCCGAGUGGUUAAGUUGCUGUUAUCAGAUUUUAGCUAUUUUACACUCUUGCAAUGAGGAAUUAAUUGAUUUAGAUUUGUGGUCAAGAGCAGGUGAUGGAGCAGGAGAUGGAGUGGGCAAUGAUAUGGUGCUUCAAGCAGCCAUGAUUAAUCUUGGAGACGUGGAGGUGCAGAGGAAAUUGUUAAAGAGGAUGUAG